AUGGCCACCCCCAGCAUCGACGAGACCCCCAUCUCCGCAUCCCCCACAGACCGUCGCAACUCUCUCGAGAAACACCUCCAGACCCGUCCCGACAUGCAAGUCCUCAAAGACCGCCACAUUCUCCUCGACACGAACGUUGCUCCCUCCCUCCAAGCCGCCCGUCAAGAACUCGCCCGCCAUCACACAACAGACAGUCUUAAGAAACAUCUCGAGCAUAGACCGGAUCGCGAGGAGCUUGUUGAGCGGAAUAUUCUUCCAACUACGCACGCUGCCCCGGCCUUGCAGGCGCAUGCGCGCGAACUCGAGAAACAUAUGAUUGCGAAUCACCUGGACCAGAAGAUACAGGAUCGUCCGAACCCGGAGGAUUUGAUCUCGCAGGGCAUUUUGACGGAGGAUGAGGAUCCGAGGUUUCCGGUUGUUUAA